UGCAACCAGCUCCUCCUCUAUCUCUCUCCUUAUCUUUCUCUCUCUAAAUUAGAAGACUACUCAUCUAGUCACCACCUCCCAUUGAAAGGAAUUCCAAGCUACACAAAACAAUAAAAUAGAAAGAAAAUGAAAAUGAGAGAGAAAAAGAAAGAAACCCUCCAGGCCAGGCCACCAAAGUGACUGAAAUUGAGAGAGAGAGUGUGAUACACUCACACACACAAAACAAAAGUAAAAAAAAAACAGAGAGAAAAAAAAAAGAAAAAGACUCACUCUCUAUCUUUCUCUCACUUGAGCAUGGAUGGCGAUAAUGGGAUCCCAAACAGGCCAAAUUUUCCACUUCAAUUCCUUGAAAAAAAGGAAGUGGACGAGCCAUCUACUUCCACUGACCCAUCAAAGAAGCCACCUCCAAAGAGAGCCUCCACCAAGGACCGACACACAAAAGUCGAUGGCCGUGGCCGCCGGAUCCGCAUGCCCGCCAUGUGCGCCGCGCGUGUUUUUCAGCUCACAAAAGAGCUCGGCCAUAAAUCCGAUGGCGAAACCAUCGAGUGGCUCCUCCAGCAAGCCGAGCCAGCCGUCGUCGCGGCCACGGGAACGGGUACGAUUCCAGCCAAUUUCACUUCACUCAACAUCUCUCUACGUAGCUCCGGGUCUACGAUGUCGGCGUCUCACCUGAGGAACACUUACUUCAACCCUAAUUUCCAACAAUUCCGGAUGAGGAGCGAGGCCGGGGAAGUGUCGGCAGCCACAGCCACAGCCACGUCACCGCCUCAUCGAAGUAUACUGUUCGAGGACGUAAACGUAAAUGCCCGCGGAGGCGGUGGGACCACGAUUUGUUUUGAUGGAACAGAUUUGGGGAGAAAACGGAGACCUGAUUCUUCUGAUCAUCAGCAUCACAACAAUCACAUGGCAGGAGCAGCAAGUUAUUUGCUGCAAUCGAGUACAGCUGGAUCGACUCCAUCAACUCACACCACACUUCCUGCGGCGGCCGCGUUCUGGACGGUUGCAAAUCCAGCUGGCUACCAAGUAAUGAGUGGAGAAUCCCCUUCUACGGUGACGUUUUCGGGUUUUGGAGGUAGUAGUGGUACUAAUACUACUCCACAUCAUCAUCAUCAUGGACUACAUUUCAUGAAUUUUCCUACUCCUCUCGCUCUCUUGCCUGGCCAAGGACAACAUUUCGGGUCCGGACUCGGUGGUGGUGGGAUUAACGAUAGUCACUUAGGGUUGUUCACGGCGCCUAGUGUUUACAGGCCGAUGGUGGGCGGUGGUGGUGGCAGCGAUGACCCGGAAUCUCCACAUCCGCACCAGCGAGGAGGGGAUCAGGACGGACAUGGACAUGGUAGUAGUACCACCCACCCUAAUUCCUAGAUUGAUUACGUUACAUGUGUGUGGUUUAAUGUUUUGAUUUUUGCAAAUGCCCGCGAGUAAGUUGGAUUAAUUACGGUUAAUUGAGUUUAAUUAUAUAUCGAUUUUGAGUGUGAGUGCCAAGAAAAGUUUAGCAUUGACAUAUAUAAAUAUAUAUGGUUAGCAUUUAA